AUGACUUCUCUUAUAGCUGAUGGCAAAGUCUACCGCAAUCGGUUGCUAGAUGGAUUAAAGACUUUCCAAGGAGGGAGAAUUUUAGAAAAUAAACUAGAACCCAUUCUGGAAGAUUUGAACUAUAACCUUGAAAAUAAAGAAGUCAAAGAUCUACGGAAUCACUUGAAAGUUGAUGAUAAUGGAAGGAUUUCACUGAAACCCUUUAUGAAUACAGCAAAUUUAUUUUCUGGUGGCAAAAUUAAUGCCAGUGACACACAACUUUACCUGGAAAAUGUAGGUAUUGAAUUAACAGUCACAGAAAGCCAGGACCUACUGAACAUACUGCCAUUGGAUGAUAACAAUAAGGUGUAUAAAAAUAGGUUGAUGGAUGGAGUGAAGACAUACAGAGGAGGAAAAGUUAAUGUCAAUAAAAUAGAUGAUGCUCUUGAAAAUAUGGGAUUCCCACUUGAAGAGGAAGAAAUUGAGGAACUGUGCAAUCGCCUGCCAAUUGAUGGGGAAGAAAUUAACUAUGAAGACCUGGAAAAUAUUCUGAAAAACAUUGGGUUAAGACUCAGACUGAAGGAGAACAAUGUGUUGAUGAAAAGUUUGCCAAUUGAUGCUGCUGGAAAGUUGUAUAAGCAUAAGUUGCUGGAUGGCCUGCGACACCUCAAAGGUGAGUAA